GGGAGCAAAGGGGCGGGAUUGUCGCGGAUUAGUGAGGUAGAGUAGGCGCCCGGUGGUGGAGGUUGGUGGACCGUGGUGAAAAUGCUGCUCUUCUGCCCGGGCUGCGGGAACGGGCUGAUCGUGGAGGAGGGACAACGCUGCCACCGCUUCGCUUGCAACACGUGCCCUUACGUGCACAACAUCACCCGGAAGGUAACGAAUCGGAAGUAUCCAAAGCUGAAAGAAGUGGAUGAUGUGCUGGGGGGAGCUGCUGCCUGGGAGAAUGUCGACUCCACAGCAGAGCCUUGCCCCAAGUGUGAACAUCCUCGUGCCUACUUCAUGCAGCUUCAGACCCGGUCUGCUGAUGAGCCUAUGACCACUUUCUACAAGUGCUGCAAUGCACAGUGCGGACAUCGCUGGCGGGACUAGUCCCAGAGCCUGUGUCUGUUGGCUGGCUAGCUAGCUGGAUCGAUGUAUGCCGUGCCCUAUGUUCUCUGGUUGCUGUGUAACUCAGGGCAAGCUCCCUGUUGGGAAUGUAAAUUAUGUAACAUAUGAGUUGUGGGUAUAGUGGAAAUCUUUUGUGUGGCAGCAAGCUAAUUUUCUCUUGGGUCCUGUGGUCCAAGACGAAGAAAACAAUUAGCAGCCUAAUGUACUGGAUGGAAUUGGCCUUGCUAAUAUGGAAUCCAGGGAUACUCUCAUUUAAUGGAGUUGUUUAUUGAUUCUUUGAAAAUGAUACAGUAGAUAAAAUGUAGGAGACACCAAGCUCCAGAGGAAAAGUUGCAAUUUGUGUGAUUUAUUCCUGGGCAGCCAAAAUUCAGAACAUGAAAGCUUAACAUUUUUAUGAAGACUUGAAACUAUAUAAGCCUUGCUACUCUAUUACUGGUUUUCCUCUCUCUAAAACUUCCCCCAGGGGGCAGCUAGGUGGCACAGUGGAUAAAGCACUGGCCCUGGAUUCAGGAGGACCUGAGUUCAAAUCCAGCCUCAGACACUUGACACUAGCUGUGUGACCCUGGGCAAGUCACUUAACCCUCAUUGCCCUGCAAAAACCCCCAAAUAAAUAAAAUGGCAAUAACACCACAUAACACCCCACAGGGCUGUUGGAAGGCUCAGAUGAGACAAUAGGGGAAAAGAUCUUUGCAGACUUUAAAAGUAUUAAAAUGAUUUGUUCAGCCUUCAUUUUAUAAAUGAGGAAAAUGAGACUUAGAGAUAUUCAUUUUUUUGCCCACAGCCGAACAUGUAGUUAGAGGCAGGCUGGGGCUAGUACUCGGAUUGAACUCGACUGACCUUUUUCAUGUUACUAUAUUCUUAGAUAAUUGUCCUAUUAAAGCAUCCUUAUUGCAUUGUAAAGCAAUUGGGGAAAAACAUUAGUUCCCUUAAUAAGGUGAACGUUUCCUCUAUAAUCUUAAUUUCCUUAAGAAACUAUCCAUUGUACAGUUAUCAAUAGUAACUGUAAAAAAAAUUUGAAGCAGAGGCAAAAGCAAUGUGAGAUGGUGAUGAUGAUG